AUGGAAAGGAACGCUCUACAAGCCGAGCGUCUAAACAUUCUUACAAAGAUCAAGAACUUCGAAAGACGCCCUCUCCUGGACGAAAAGCAUGAAAUGUUACAAAAACUCGAACGACAAUAUAAUAAUUUAAUGGAAAAUUUAUGGCAGCUGGAGCCGAACCCUCGUUUCGACCCCAUAUGCAAACUACCCUCCGAACUUUGUCGUGCGAUCAUCUACGAAGUU